UGCGGCCCUUGGCGCGACUCUAGGUUCUCCUUCGGCUCUGGUGGUUGCUCAGUAGCUGCUCGGCGUGGAGGGAGACGGUCCCCGUCUGAGUUAUGGAUUUUGAAAAUCUUUUCUCAAAACCCCCCAAUCCGGCCCUCGGUAAAAAACGUGUCGCCGACUCUGAGAAAAGCUCAGAGGCGGCUUUGCCCGGACUCCUGGUUCUUGAGAGUUUGAAGGAUACAGAAACACUGCCCUGCCAGUGAUCCCGAACCAAAAAUCCCAGAAUAAAGCAGCAAGCACCAUUUCGGCUUAGUAUUUCCGUUAAAUUGGAAAAGCAUGUUGUUAAUGUCGUACCUAGCGCAGAGUGCAGACUUUCUGUACAGAAUUGAUGAUGAAGUACAUGGUGCUGAAGUUGAAGAAACACAGACAGAGAAAGUAAAAUGGAAAGCAAAGCGGAACUGUGAGCCAAAUCCCAAGAAAGUAAGGUUCAGCUGGACAGACAGCUUUGGAUGGAUUUUAAGCACCUUGGAAACUCUACAGCAUCACCAAAGAGUUUGCCACGUAUAAAAUCGAGAAGUAAGGACUAUGACCCGUACAGUGAUGGUGAGACCUGCAGUCAGGAAUCAGAAGAUAAUUUUGACAAAGAGCUUCAGCAAUACAUACAAGCCAAAGAAAUGGCAAAUGCUGCUCAACCAUCACUACUUCCUGAAGAAUCUGUGAAAAAAAAGGGAGCAGAAGACACCCAGCAGACUGCCAAACAGAAAAAUAAAAAAUCUAAAGCUGGUCACAAGAAAGUUAAACAGAAGAAGAUGAAGCGAAAGUGGCCUGGCACUGGGGACAAAGGGCCGAAUGUUUCCCUCAAGAACAGUGUAUCCCAGAAAAAGAUGGAUGAACCUGAAGAGAAGCAGCCUCGUGUAAGGAUGAGUCAAGGCUUCAUCAAUCAGCACACGGUGGAACGUAAGGGGAAGCAAGUGUGCAAAUACUUUCUUGAAAGGAAAUGUAUUAAGGGAGACCAGUGUAAGUUUGAUCAUGAUGCAGAGAUAGAGAAGAAAAAGGAAAUGUGUAAGUAUUAUGUACAAGGGUACUGCACCAAAGGAGAGAACUGCCUGUAUUUGCAUAAUGAAUACCCUUGCAAGUUUUAUCACACAGGAACAAAAUGUUAUCAGGGUGAUCACUGUAAUUUUUCUCAUGCUCCGCUGACUGCAGAAACACAAGAACUGUUGGCUAGAGUUUUGGAUACUGAAAAGAAGUCAUGUAAAUAGACUAAAAAGCUUGUAUAGAGGACAAAUCUAUUCCUGGUCAAGACUUUUGAAGACUGGCUAGCGACUUGGAAUAGUUCGGAGGUUCCUCAGUUAAUGCACCUUCCUGUGUGGUUGUGAUCACGUGCAGCUCCCAGACCUAGCACUCAAGUGAAGUGUGGCUCUGCACUGGGAAGCUCCAGCUCCUGGGACACGAGGAGCACAAGCAUGCUGGCUGGUGGUGGAUGCUGUGCUGUGCUAGGUUGCAGAAGUCUCUUCCAGUCGAGAUUUCCAUACAGUUUGUACAAGCACAACAGAGGCAGAGAGGGGUUAAAUGAGGGUGGGAGAAGUAUGGGAAGGAUGACGAGAGAGAAUUGCCGGGGGACAGUUACAUCUCUACGUGUCAUUAAAUACUUUGCACAACAUUUUGAACAAUAAUUCAAAGUUCCAUUUUAUGGUUUAGCAUAGAAUACGGUUUUGUGAUCUUUUUAAAAACAAUUUUCUCCUGGAUAUCUGUUUUUUAUUAUCCCUGUUAUAAAUAAAGUGCAAUAAUAUCUCUUGC